CGGAACUUCUCUGUGCCACGUUUUCUCUGUCAGUCCAUAUCAGCUUGCUGCACAGAUCGAUGGCUUCUAAGAACGAACAAGACGAACAAAACAACCCGAGUUGUUGGGUCCCCAAAACGCCAGCGAACUCAACAGUUGAUGGUCCCAUUUUCAAGUCAAACAAACAAAGCAACGGCGGCGGCACUCUCCGGCACGGACAUCUGGAGACCGAACUGACCCAUAACAAGUUUGAGCGGUGAGCAAACCAACUUCGGUCCGAGAUGAUAUGAUUUCAUCUUCAAGAACAAGGGAAGUGCAGAGCAUGGAUCGGGAUCCCAAGGACAGGGUACACCGUGGGGAAAAGAGUACCCAGCACCACCGACACGGAAGCGAACCGCCCGGGAAUAACCUCACGAGGCCUGAAUCCGGCAAUGGAUUACCUACAAUCCAGGGUCUUCUCCGCACACUAGCUCGCCCUAGCCCACAGCUCCCCACCGGCAGUUCAACUCUGAGAGUGGGAGCAGGUUACAUUGAAAUAGAUGAUAAUGUUCGUGGUGCCUCAAUACUCAACCUCGCUCGUUGGAUCGACUCCAUCUCUUCAACCCAACCGUAACGAUUUCUCCGCUCGCCAUGUUGCCAAGACCGGCGUGGUUAACUAAGCCCUUCCUAGCCUCCCUCUUUUUGGGGAUAGGGGGGUUUCUUUAUGGAUACGACUCUGGAAUCAUCACCCCGAGUUUGGCGUUGGGUUCGUUCGUGACAUACUUUGACAAGCCCGACGCGCCGCUUCGCGGUGCCAUCGUGUCUGUGUACCAAGCUGGGGCUUGGUUGGGCAGUGCGUCAGUUGGUGUGACAAGUGACAGGUUGGGUAGGCGAAAGGCCAUUGCUUUUGGGUGUAUAUGGGGCGUACUUGGAGGCGCACUCAUGGCCGCCGCUGCCCAUGUUGCCAUGUUGAUCAUCGGUCGCCUUCUCGUCGGCUACGCGGUCGGGACCAUUACCGGAGUUGCUCCUGUUUUUGGAGCAGAAAUAGCCAAGACGCACGAGCGCGCAAAGAUCACUGCGGUGAACCAGAUGAUGGUGGCCUGGGGCUUUUUCGUAGCCUUAUGGGUAGGCGUGGGAGAAGGCAAAUGGAGCAACGCGAACCAAUGGAGACUCGGGUUUGCCAUCCAGGCCAUCCCCGCGCUCGUUCUCGGGGUCGGCGUCCUUUUCAUCGGAGAGUCACCACGAUGGCUCUGUCUCCAAGGCCGCUAUAAAGAUGCCGAGGAAACGUUCAACCGGUGGCAUCACGACGGAACGAACGAUGAAUGGUGCCGGACCGAGUUCGCCCGUAUCCAGACCAGUAUUGCUGAGGAGGUCGACACGCAACACCACCUCGGUUGGGUCGAUCUCGUUCGCACCCCAUCUUUCCGGAAACGUCUUUUCGUCGGGUGCUUCGUGUGGGCUGCUGCCAUGCUGUCUGGUAUCAGCUUUGUCCAGUAUUACCAGACCGCCAUCUAUGCGACGCUGCAGUUCGACCAGGACCAACAGCUGCUGGUGAGCGGUUUGUACGGCUGUGUUGCCCCUGUUGCGUGCAUUCUUUCGCUUUUCUUCGUCGACCGCGUUGGUAGGAAGAAGAUCUUGGUUAGCAGCUCGGCGUUUCUGUCGGUGUCGUACAUGAUCAUCACGAUUCUUGCCGCCUUGUACCCUGCGAGACCUGGUUUCCCGACCAACGCGGCAGCCCAGAAGGGCUUGAUUGCCUGCAUCUUCAUGGUUUCAGCCAACUACUCGGCGUUACUGGGCCCCAUGACUUGGAUCAUUCCGCCCGAAGUUUUCACCACGGAGCUCCGUGCCAAAGCAAACGCCGUCGUCCAGGUCCUGCACUACUCUAUCAGCUUGAUCAUCACCCAGUGUUCGCCUAUCGCGCUUGAGAGGGUGGGUUGGAAAUAUUAUAUCCUGUUUAUCCUCACCAAUGCUCUUUGUGCGGUUGUCUUUUGGCUUGCCUAUCCGGAGACAAGAGGAAAGUCGCUUGAGGAGAUUGACGAAAUAUUCGGUGACAUUGAGAGGAAGCGUGACGUUGAGGUUGAUGCUGUCGAGAAUGUGGUAGUGGGGAAGGAUGUCGAUGAGAAGUAAGGGGCACUAACUACUAUCCCAUAAGGACAUCGA